CAACAUUUAGUUCAUUUGUAACGCUCAAACCUUGUGGAACGCGUAUAAAGUCGGUAGUUUGAAUAGUAUUUUCUUAAAAAAAAAAUAAAAACAAAAAUAUUUCUCAAUUAAUGGCCAAAGAUACGGAGUUGGAAAUGAUUUGCAGAAAUGACACACCACCCGCACAGGAAUAUAUCGAUCCGUUUCCACAACGGAGAAACAGAAUUGUAUACCAUCCAACGGUGAAGCAGUGGAUGGCUUUGUUGUCAGGCGCACUAAUCUUUGUGCCCGGCGGCAUGAGCAUGGCCUUUGGACUUGGUUGGAACUUGCAUACGCACAUACACACAACAAUGCAGUUACGGUAUUCCUGGUUCAUUGGCUUCAUAGUCGGCGCACUAUUGGCAGCACCACUUAUAAAAACUGUGCCCAAGCGACUCUUUAUGUUAUUUGGCGCCUUUCUGGUGAUUAUCGGUGGCAUCAUUUUCACCAGUGUACCCUACAACUACACCGCUAUACUGGCAGCGCGGUACAUCAAUGGCUUCGCAAUCGGCAGCGCCACAUUGGUAUUCCUCGUGCAUGCCAGCGAAAUAGCGGCAACGGAGAAUCGCGGCCUCUGCUUGUGGCUGGAACAGAAUAGCAUGACGGUCGGCAUUGUCAUACAAGUCGUUUACACAUCACAAUGGACGUCACAGGUGUACUUUGCCGCCGAUCGGUUACAUGGCAUCAUAGCGAUCAUUUUUGGUGUGCUUGCGAUUUGUUGUGCACACUUCACUGUCGAAUCGCCCAUUUACUUUAUACGACAAUGUGACGAUGUGCGCGCUUUAAAUUGUUUGCGUCAACUGCAGCGGCCAGAAUAUGCGUCACCGCAAGCAUUGCAAAUGCUCUUGGACGAGCAGAAGACCUAUGUGGUGGAGACGGAGACGGUAGAGUGGCGUGAUACGCUGAUACAGAGUCCCAUGCUACGUUUGUUGCUCUACCGCAGCAUGGUGGCAUUCGGCUUUUCGCUGCCCAUGAAUGAGGCGAUGAAGGUGGCCAAUUUAGUGGUGUUGGGCGAUUAUGAGUGGCAACCCAUAGUGUUUGUCAUUUUACGCGUCGGCGGCACAUUCUCAUCGCUGUAUAUGUUCGAUGUGACGGGCAGGAAAUUAGUGUCGUUGGUGGCUUUGCUCUGCACGGCGGUGCUGUCAAUCGCUAUUGGCGGUGAAUACGAUGAUGAGUUGAAUGUGGUGAGCGAGCACCACAUGUCGGUUGUUUGUGUGCUGUCGCAAGUAUUUCAAUUCUUUGCGGGCCUCUUCGCGCCCAGUUCGUCUGUGUAUCUUAGCGAAGCUUUCCCAAUGAAACUGAAGCCGUUCUUCAUAGCUGGCUGCUUGACUUUGCAGCAAGUGAUACACAUAAUUGUCAUUUGUACUUUCCACUUCAACACCUAUGCCAUGUAUAUGUAUGCGCUGUUUGUUGGCAUAUUGAUGUUAAUUUUGUUUGUGGUCUUUGUCAGCACAAUGCCAGAGACGCGUAAGACAACAUUGGUGGAGGCGCAGAUACGCUUCAGAACGCUGCUGAACUUCAAGUGCUGUUGAUGCGCGCCGGGAAGCUUGGUGGAUGUGUCAAAGUGAAAUAAAAAAUGCAAAAAAAAAUUAUGUAAACUGAGCUCAUUGGAAAU